ACCCUUCUGAUUCUCAAUAUCCUCGAGAUCGUGAUCAAAGUCCGCUACGAGAAUUCACAGAACACCGCAACCUACGUCGCACAUUUCCUGCCACCAAUCUCAUCAAUCCCGGUGUCGCGCUUCAUCCUCAACCUACGCCAGGCGUCCUCCGGCAGCAUGCGCCUGAAUACAAAUUCUCACAGCACCCUGAACACGUCGGACUUUACCUCUCGCCUGGUUGGCAACAUUGGCGCCGAGGUCCAGCACACGUCUCUUGUAUUUGAGAAUGUCGAGGAUAGCAUGGAAGACGAGCCAAGUAUCAGUGGGGAUCGUGACGCCUACGAGUUGACGCAGGUGCAGUAGUUGUCAUACAAGCUAUGCGAUCACUUUCAAUAGUGCCGAUUCUGACUGUGG